CCUUGGCCUUCCAUUUCUAAACAGUAUAAAAAGGAGAAGGAUUCUGUUGCCCUAGUCUUGCAGAGAUGAACGCUGUGGUUGGACUUUUACUCGUUUUCUGUAGCUUCUUGCUGCUGGAUUCCUCCCAUCAGGAGGAUUUACAAUUGUUCAAUGGAGCAAGAAACAAACGUGCAGUAGCCAUAGGGGAUCCACUGAACACUGAAACAACAACCACCGAGGCCCCGGAACCACCCGAGCCUACAGAUCCACCCAGGACAUCAUGGCGAAGGAGAAACCGGGUGGGUGGAGCGAGGAACUCAACCACAGGAAGCAGGAUAUCUAGAAGAAGAAACCGAGUGGGAGGGGCCAGAAACUCCACCACAGGAGGGUCAAGACGAAGGUCAAGGACAAACAGGAUUCGGUCGUCUGGAAAUUCAACAGUAGCAGGGUCUAGGGCGAGCAGGAGAAAUAGAAGAAAGAAUAAAAGAUUACAGCAACAAUCUACGACAACCGAAGCGCCUUGAAAGGAAUCAUCUGAAAAAAAAAAACUAGAAGAAAGUGACAUUAAGAGAAAGUCAAUGUGGAAAAAUAAAAAAAGUAGCCGGUUUUGUAAUGUUAUCCAAAGAUGUGCUUUUUGACAAGAUCAUGUGAUGGUUUAAUAGAGCAUUAAUAAAAAGUUAA